AUGUCCCGAUCUACGAUCUAUAAGCUUCAAGUUGAGCCAUCCAUAACCGUGCAAAUCGCUCUCCUUCCUUAUCCUCGUCCUCGAAUUCCGUCUUCAUACAUGCCUCAGCAGUCUCCAGAUUACCUCCUACUAACUUCUACCCGUUACGACCCGUUCCUGGAAAUUUUCACCUGGAACUACGACGAUGACGGCCCGUCGCCCUUCUUUUUACUGAGACAUCACUGCGACCGUCUCAAUGCUGCAAUCGACGCGCACGACUGGCCCAAUGCUAGAUCCUCUCACAACUAUUCAAACCUCAAGGCUGCCUGCGUAAAUGCUAUCAUAGAAGAGAGCUCCAAGGAGGAUAUUUCGGGUGCAUACUAUGUCCGAAUCACUCUUUCACGAAAAGGCGAAAUCGCAGUCACAGCAUCACCCUUACCAGCCCGCUUCAGUUAUGAUCCCCUGCUAGCUCCCUUAUCCACUGCGCCCUCGGGCUCCACGGACUCACUCCUUGACGACCCGCCACCCCUCAGCGUCUUCCUAGAUAAACAACCAACCCCUACGUCCAUCUUCACCCAGACGAAGACGACCUUCCGCCAACUCUACGAACAGGCAAAGGAGAGGAACAGGCACGUUCUUGGAUCAACUUCAACUAGUUCAGAUAUUCUCCUGUACAAUCUCCAGGAACAAUUACUGGAGACCACAAUCUUCAAUAUCGCAUUUUAUCGCUCUGGAAAGUGGCUAACACCUAAAACAACUUCAGGAUGCCUUUCAGGUGUUAUCCGGCGAUGGCUACUAGAGCACGAAAGGAUACGCGAAGACACGGAAGGGGUUUUGAUGAAAGCGGACGUGCGAGAAGGUGAAUUAGUCCUUCUUUUUAACGGGCAUAUAUCAACGCACAUCGGCGAAACAAUGCCAUCCCUGUGGAGCCAUUUACGCGAUGUGGAGAACUCCCCCGAGGUUGAAAGCGAACGGCACAAGGUCGGGAAUGGUGAAGCGAAGAUGUGA